AUGCCAGAGGUCGCAGUUAUUGCCGUGUAUAGCUUCAUCUUCUGUCAGCUAAUCGGCGCCCAAUAUGUGGAUCAAAAUGAUACAAUCACUCACGUUACCCAUGACAAUGCGCUGCCUGUGCCAAUCUUUAAUAUCUUCUACUUCCUAUUCCUUAAAGGAUGGCUUAAGGUUGCCUUGUGUGUGAUGAACCCCUUCGGUGACGACUACGAGGAUUUUGAAUGUUCCGCAAUUCUUGACUUCAACUUGGAUGUCAGUUACAGAGCUAUUCUACUGGACGAGGCCACCUACCCAGAGAGUCUGAAAACGGCCACCUUUACACCCAAACCGAUGAAAGGCGCCGAAAACGAUAAUCUGGAUGACUUUCUCGAUAACAUCACAAGGGAGACUCAGGAGGCAGAUUUCAAUGAGGAGAUGAACGAAACUGCACCAGAUGCGGUAAACGACUCCAGCCGUUUCCUGCCAUGGAAGUGGCUCUUUCGGUCUCAUGACCCGGCGCCUGAGGGUUGCUCCUGGCCUUUGAGCAACUCCAAGUGGAAUGAGCAGGCGGCUGACCGCUUCCGAUACAUUCUUCACGUACGUUGGAGCUCGCCAAACUGUUAG